AUGUCAGCGCGCGCGGCGCAGGGCGAGGGGUCGAAGCGGGCGCAGGCGGCGGGCCGCAAGGUGGCCGAGAAUGUGGUCGAGAAGGUCGAGGUGAAGCGCUACUGGCCGGGCAAGGCGCCGAGUUGGGCCGGGGCAGCAGGCGAGGAGGAGGAGAGCGAGGCGGGCUCGUUCUUGGGCGGGGGCGGAGCGGCCGGCGUCGCGGGAUCGGGCGCGCCUGGCGCGUCAGGCGCCGGCGCCUCCUCCUCCUCGGACCGCAGGAUGCAGCGGCUAGCGGGCGUCGUCGAGGGCGGGAUCGCCGAGGAGGAGGAGGCGAAGGCGAAGCGCGAGGCGCGCGUCGCCGAGCGGGCCGACGAGUCCCGCCAGCUGCUGGUGCAGAUCGUCCAGCAGGAGGAGGCGGGGCCGAGUCAGCCAGUCGACAAGUCAGAGUUUGAGGCGCCGCCAGACGACGACGACGAGGCGGAUGAGCUGGAGCAGUUCGAGCGGUGGAAGGUGCGAGAGCUGCGGCGCGUGAAGCGCGAGCGGGAGGAGGCGCGCAAGGAGGAGGCGGACAAGGCGGAGAUCGAGCGGCGGCGCAAGCUGACUGACGCGGAGAGGGCGGCGGAGGACGAGGAGUUCAACCAGGGCCGUGCGGGGCACGGGCAGGAGAAGGAGCAGUGGAAGUUCCUGCAGCGGUACUACCACAAGGGCGCCUACUUCCAGGACGAGGACGAGACGGGCAAUGCAAAGAUGGGGCCAGUCAUGUCGCAGGACUUUGGCGCGGCGACCGGGCGCGACGCUGUCGGAGACAAGGCGGCGAUGCCGGCGCCGAUGCAGGACGCCCUCUGGGCGGCCGACCGCGGCCUCGCCGGCAAGUACAAGCAGCGGAUGGCCGGCGUCAAGGCGUCGAACGACUUCGAGCGCCCGGCAAAGCGGAAGAAGCCCGCAGGGCUCUGAGACGGCUGUCGGUGGGCGCCUUGGGUCUUGCUGGGCCCAGGUUGGGCCUCUCGCUCCCUGAGGCCCCACGUCGAGGUCGCUCGCUGUGUCAAUAGUGUUGUACCGACAAGCUUGCAUAGAUUUAAUUUAGCAG